AUGAGGAUCGAGGAGUCUCCCAAAGGUGAGAUGUGGGGUAACAGACUACCCGACGGGACCUUCAAUGGGCUCGUGGGUCUCAUAGGGAGUGGAAAGGCUGACCUGGGCACGGGGAACAUCAUGAUCUCAAUAUCGAGUGGUCGUCAUGAAUUCAUAGAGUUUAGUGCUCCUUAUUCCAGUGACGAGAUCUGCCUGCUGGCGAGAGUAGAACCUCCUCUCCCGAAGUGGAUGGCUUUGUUCCUGCCCUUCAAGUGGGAGUCCUGGAUUGCUGUCUUCGUUGGAAUGGUCGUGUCUGGACCCCUACUGUACCUGUUUGCAGUUCUGAGUAAAAAAAGCGGGACAGAACACCACGACUUCUACUCCUUCGGGUACUCGUACCUAUACGCCUAUGCCCUCCACAUGCGUCAGGCGCUGAUCCUCACGCCCCUGCGAGACUGCAACCUCAUGUACGUGGUCUUCCUCUGGCACUACACCUUCAUCCUCACCAGCGUUUACAGUUCCAACCUCACGGCUUUCUUGACGGUCACCGUUCAACCCCCCGGGGUGGAGAGCUUCAAGGGACUUUACGAGACGAGGUUGAACGUCUUCGCCUUGAGUCCCUUCCUGAAGUCCGUGCUGGCGAAUUCCGGGAAUAAGUAUCAUAAGGGCUUAUCGGAAAGGUUGCAGGUCUCCACCUUCCCGGAGAUCAAGUCGGAGGUGCUGGCGGGGAGGGGCGUCAUGAUCAAUGGGCGUCGAUACUUGGAAUUCACGAGGGAUAAACUAGCUACACCCCAAGGGCGCCCCAGGGCUAGGAUUAUCAAGGAAUGUUUUGCCCCUGUCAGCAUCGGUCUCGCUUACCAGACUAAUUCACCGCUCAAGGCGAAGUUUGAUCGGGUUCUGGAAAGGAUCGUGGAGACAGGGCUGGUCAGGAGGUGGUUCCUGGAGUCUCUCAGAAGAUUCCAGAAGUUCAAGAGGGAGAGCCGCGCCCUGGGGGUCACUCAAGAUGGCACCGACGCCCACGAGGAAGAGGGGGAGCAUGCCACGGGCGUCAUCCCCCUGAGCAUAGAUCACAUGCAGGGACUCUUCGCCAUCCUCGGCUUCGGAUACUUGAUCGCAUUGAUUUUCUUUCUUCUGGAGUUGCGGUUUUGA